AUGGCUCCAAUCGAGCUCAGUAGUUUGUCGUCCAACUGGAAGAAGCUCCAAGCUUCUCUGCAGUCUUCAAAACCCGCCGAGUCCUCGAAACACAAAAAGUUCGACCAAGGCACAGAGCAGUCACUCAAGCGCAAGAGGCCCCAGACCAAUGGAUCUAGUGCGCAUGCGCCCUCAACAGUAGUGAACGGCAACGGCAUACAUACACCACGGAAAUCGUCCGCUUCACGAAAGCGACAAAAGAUGGAGGAGCCCACGUCUGUUGGCGCAUCGGUAAAGCACCAUGACACCAAGUCUCUCGAGCGGAGCGUCUCAAUGCCGUCACUCAAGAAGAGGCCUCUCCUCACAGACCCCACCGAAAUCGUCGAACCCGUCUCCAUCCUCGAACCCCACCCCGACUUCCCCGACAUCGAGAAUGAAGGCGUCUCCGAGACCGCCCUGCCAGGCAAAUACGUCGCUGUAGAUUGCGAAAUGGUGGGAAUUGGCCCAGAGCCCAAUCGCGACUCAGCGCUGGCAAGAGUGUCGCUGGUGAACUUCCAUGGCCACCAAGUUUACGAUUCAUACGUCCAGAUCCCGCGCAAAAUCGAAGUCACAGACUACCGCACAGCUGUGUCCGGCAUCGAGCCGAGACACCUCCGGCCCGACGUGGCGCGACCCUUCGACGAGGUCAGGGAGGACCUCAAGACCCUGUUGACUGGGCGCAUACUGGUUGGACACGCGGUCAAAAAUGAUUUGGACGUGUUGAUUCUGAAGCACGAACCCAAGUUCAUACGAGACACGUCAAAGUUCUCCAAGUUUCGCCAACUAGCGCUGAGACCCGGACAUACGCCUGGACUCAAGCUCCUUGCAGAUAAGCUGUUGGGUGUGCAAAUCCAGGUCGGCGCACAUAGCUCAGUCGAGGAUGCGAGGGCUACCAUGGCACUGUACCGCCUGGAAAAGGCCGAAUUCGAGAAGGAAAUCAGGCAAAAGUACGGCAACAUUCGUCUCGACACAGCAGAUGUCGUCAAGGAUGAUGGCGACGAGGAGAAGAAGAAGCGGAACAGGAAGAAGUCGAAGAAAAAGAAGAAGCACUAG